UUUUAGCUUACACGCCUGAUGUAAUCAAUUACACAAUUACACUCCGAUAGGUGUGUUUAGCGCGCACGUGUAAGCAAAGCAUUCACCACGUAUUGAUACGGACGGAUGUACUGUGGCCAAGUUCGAUAACUCGCUGUCUGGUCUACGGAGUGUUACCUCCCUUUUUUUGGUGUGUUGUGUUUUUUUCUGUUGUGGAUGCUGUAUAGCAUGGCCGUCGUACUUUGGCCAUGAUGACAUCCCCAGCUGUAUAGAUGGCCAUCCCGGCUGCACGGAGCUGCUACAUCACCACAUCAUGUCGGACAAGGAUGACCCUUCACACCUCACCCUUCUUCUGUUGGCCUUCACGUCAGUCCUGGCUGUCUACCUCAGCUCGUUGCUAUGGAGACGACGUUGCGAGAAUAUGAAGGACCGGAAAUGCCCGCUGCCACUCCCUCCCGGAAGUAUGGGCUGGCCGAUUGUGGGCGAAAAUAUCCAGUUCGCGAGGAAGGGUGCCCAAUUUUUCGUCGAGAGAGUAGCAAAGUACGGUAAGAUCUACAAGACCCAUAUUUUAGGGGGCCCCAUUGUCAGGGUGUCAGGCGCCGAGUACAUCGCCCCUCUGGUGAACAAAGAGCCGGGUCUGUUGACUAUGAAGGUGCCGACAUCAUCACGGCAGAUGUUCGGGAACAGCAGCAUCACGAACAUCACCGGGGAGGAACAUUCUAGGUUGAAGAAGACGCUGCUGACAACCUUAACACCAGUUAGGCUGGACGACUACCUGCCCUGUGUCCAGGAGAAGAUACAGGAGCACAUCAUCAAGUGGUGCCAGGAGGGUCGGGUUCUGGGGUUCCCAGCGUGCGAGGAGCUCAUGGGUGACGUCAUCAUGGAGGUGACCCUGGGAUGGCGAAAGGAAAACGACCCGGAUGGGGAAAUUAGAAAGGCGUUUGUCAAGGUCAACAAGAACCUGAUUUCCGUGCCGAUUCGGAUACCUGGAGGGGGGUACAAUCAGGCUGUGAAAGCUAGAAAGACCAUCACGGACUUUGUCCGGCAAAGGCUCCACUCCCAAGGCGAUAAGGACCAUGUGUGCGUCCUUGAUGUCUUCCUCGCGGGCAGGGGUCACGGGUCCGGCGAGGAAGGGGCGGGGCUGACGGAGGAGCAGGUGAUUGACAACGCGGUGACCUUCCUGAUCGCAGGGAGCGGGACGACGGCCGGCGCCCUUGGGUGUCUGCUGCUGGUGUUGGGCAAACAUCCCGAUGUCUUGGAGAAGCUGCGGCAGGAGUUGGACGCCAAGGGGUUGCUGAGCCCAGAUAUGAGCACCCACCUGACCUAUGACCUCCUACAGAGCCUGGAGUACACCCAGUGGGUCAUCAAGGAGGUGCUCAGGCUACACCCUCCAGUCGGAGGUGUUUUUAGACAAGCGAAGAAGACCCUAGAGGUUGGGAACUGGCAGGUACCACAAGGAUGGACCGUGAUGUAUAGCAUCAGAGAUACUCACUUUACCACGAAUGUGUUCGAACGCAGGGACGAGUUUCUUCCAGAAAGGUGGAAGGACAAAAAUUUACUGGAAAUGCUGAGAAAAGCUGAAACCUGCAACUACAUUCCUUUUGGCAUCGGCCCUCGCUCCUGCCUCGGGAAGAAUCUGGCACUAGCGGAAAUGGCCGUCUUCCUGAUCGAGGUGGCACGUCUGGCUAACUGGAAGCUGCUUAACCCAGAAUCCAAGAUGGUGUAUCUGCCCGUUACUAAGUGCGCAGACGACAUGCCCUUGACCUUCUCAAGACGGAAAUAA